GCCUCAUGGUGCUAUGGGGUUCUACCCAAUCCACCACUCUUCGUUCUCCGGUGAGAGACGGUCCGGUACGAACGAGAAGAAAAGUCACACAAGGAGUGAAUAGCCGAACGUCCAGAUGUGAGUGUAACCAUUGUUUACAAAUGUCACCUACAGGUGAAAGUGAGUUUCAGCAAAGCAACGCCUUGCUACUGUGAUCGUUCGUAACACAAGACACAAAUCCAUUCUUCUCUAUUUCAAGGACGGUCGCGUCCAUCAUUCAUCAACGUCGUUCUCGUUGUCGCGCGAAGAGACCAGUGCGUUGUCCACCUUCAAAAUGGACCACUUCCUCACCAGCACGCGCGCUCAGAAGAACGUUAUCCUCACGAAUGGAGUCCUUCGUUUCGCUCAAAUUGUUGUCGGUAUCGUCACUCUCGGUCUAUACGCUCAGCAAAUCGGAUAUUGGUUGAAUCAUGGCAUCCCAGGCAGAGUCGCUUAUGAGAUCGCCUGCGGCAUUCUCGCAAUCGUCAGCGGCAUCAUUCUCUGCAUCUUCCCAUUCAUCUUAUCCUACCGCCCGGUCGCCUUCGCUGCUGUCUGGGACGUCAUCAUGUUCGUCCUGUACAGCGUUGCGUUGGGCCUCAUGAGAGCCGUCUUCGGCGAUCACAUCAACUCGAAGGGUGGAUACGAAGUCUCGGAUGACAAGACCUUCAAUGACCAGGUUCACAAGAUGAGGGGCAAUCUUUGGGUCAAUCUGGCUGGUAUGAUACUGUUCUUGGUUUCGGCUAUCAUGGGAACCGUUCUCAUCAUCACUGGACGUGUGGUCGGCCGCAAGAGCAUCGUUUGAGACUGACGGGCUCCAAGCAAGUAUUGCUUGACGAGUACCCCAUUGCAGUCGAGGAGAAUACCAUGAUCAACAACGAGCUGAGAUAGCAUUGGAAUUGGAGGCCUUCAUGGGAAGAAGGAGCGAUGGAUUAGCUUUUGGGAGCGUUAUGCGCCACGUUGGUGACACGAUAGUUCAGCCUUGCGCAGCCUCGUCAUUGACGUCUGUUUACCCCAAUCGCGAUGGCAUCCUUCCCGCAAC